AUGUCUUCAAAUACACCCCGGGUUCCAGAAAACGCCACGCUGGGCACGGCCAGCGGAAACCUGGCUUUUGGUUCUCCGCCAGCAGACCUGCUAAAAUCGCAUCCUUCGAACCCAAACCUCUCUGAAGAAGGCACCGCAAAGCUGGACUCGAAAUCCUACGAUGAACAGAUCAACAACCUAUUGCACGGCGGCAACAUCGACUUCAAAACCGUCAACAAGCACUUGGUCAACCACGAAGACACGCUAAAAAUGCAGGGUGGCGACGUGGCCCGCUACAUGUACCAGCAAAUGGAUACUUCCCAUACGGGCGAUAAUAGACGCACCAGAAGCUCGUCUUUUCUGAAUUUCGACGCCGAUUCGAGGAGGGAGUCCAUGGCCAGCGAUAUCAACGUGCCUGGCGGCUUCAGAAGAGAAUUUAUCAUCAACAAGUCUUUGCAGAAGAACAAGAGACCGCCCAACUUCUUGACCAGGAACUUUGUGGAGUUUUUGAGCAUAUACGGCCAUUUUGCCGGUGAAGACUUUGCUGAUGAAGACGAGGAGGAGGAGACCGACGACGACGCCAGUUCCGUCAACUACCCCGAGGUUUUCGACGAAGAAUCGCUGCUUUUGGCGGAAAGACGCAUUCCUCCUCCAAGACACCGCAAAAAGAAGGGCAAGGCCGAGAAAAAGGGCACGGCGUCGCUGGCCAAAACCUUCUUUUUGGUGUUCAAAGCGCUCGUCGGUUCGGGUAUUUUGUUUCUUCCGGGAGCCUUCAGCAACGGAGGUCUUCUUUUCUCAACCAUUGCUUUGUCUGGAUUCGGAUUCCUCACGUUCUUGUGCUACAUCGUGUUGAUACAGAGCAAGGAGAUGUUCAAGCGGUCGUCAUUCGGUGAAUUGGGCUACAUCACAUACGGCAAGCCGCUAAAGUACUCCAUCAUGGUGUCGAUUCUCAUUUCUCAGAUCGGUUUCGUUGCAACGUACAUUUUGUUCACAUCCGAGAACAUGACGUCGUUUUUGAAGAAUGUCGCCCACGUCGAGGUCGAAAAGUCCACCGUGGUCGUCGCCCAGUGCCUCUUGUUGAUCCCCUUGGUGCUUAUUCGUGACUUGACCAAGCUCUCCUUCACCUCGCUCAUCUCGUCCAUAUUUAUUGUGAUCGGCUUGAUCAUCAUUUUUUACUUUUCCGGCAACAAGUUGGCCACGGACGGGUUGGGCCCCAAUAUCGUCCAGUUUGACUCCAAAAACUGGUCCAUGAUGGUCGGUGUUGCUGUGACGUCGUUCGAAGGAAUUGGCCUUAUCUUACCGAUCCAGUCGUCGAUGGCCCGUCCUGAGAAAUUCCCCUACGUUUUGGCCCUGAGUAUGAUCGUCAUCACUUCGCUCUUUGUGGCCGUCGGAAUCAUCGGCUACACCGCUUUUGGCGACCAGGUCCGCUCCAUCAUCAUCUUGAACUUGCCUCAGGGCAACGUCUCCGUGCAGCUGAUCCUCGUGCUCUACUCUGUGGCGGUUUUCCUUUCGGGACCUUUGCAGCUUUUCCCUGCCAUCAAGAUCGGCGAGUCCGUGAUCUUCAACUCCCGCCUUUUCUUGCUGGAGGAACAGAGAAACUCCACCAGUGACGAAGGAAAGUUGUACCGCACCUCAGGAAAGUACAACCCGCACAUCAAGUGGUUGAAAAACGUGUUCCGGGCGUUUGCCGUGGUGCUCAUCUCGAUGAUCUCGUACCUCAAUGCCGAGAACAUCGAGAAGUUUGUCAGUUUCAACGGCUGCUUUGCGUGCAUUCCGCUUGUCUACAUCUACCCACCGAUGAUCCACUUGAAAACGUUCAAAAACCAGCCGCUGAGCUUGCGGGCCACGUUGGUCAAAACCUUCGAUUGGCUGUUGAUCGUCGUGGGCAUCAUUGUUGUAAUCUACACGACACGCCAAAUCUUGUUCCAGAUCUAG